UAUGCAGAUACGCACAUUUGAUUUGCUUCGCUUUCCUAAGCCCAGUAAGCAAAUUGAAAAUGAUGAAGUGGGCCACCUUGGAGGAAGAGUACGCGAAAAACAAGGAAUUGCACGUGGAAGACGUGCAGUCUUUGAAGGAGUGGGUUCUGAAACAACCACACUUUCCUCCAGUUUCUGAUUUACAGCUAGCCAUUUUCCUACAUAGCUGCUAUUGGAGCGUGGAGCAGACCAAGGUCACAAUGGAGAAGUUUCUAACCUACAGGGGCGCGUGGCGCGAUUUCUUCGCGAAUCGAAACCCGAACCAUCCCAAAAUGAAGGACGCCAUGGAAGUGUCGUUGUGCUCGUUUUUACCAAGCAGAACCGUGGAAAAUUACAAAAUCGUCUUCUUCAAGUUUAUGAAUACCGACGUCGACAGGUACGUGACGUCGAAUUGCUUGAAAAUCUUCGACAUGUGUGUCACGCUGGAAGUGAUGCAGCAUGGAACUUUCGAAGGAUACGUGAUCGUUUGCGACUUCAAGAACGUUGGAGUCGGACAUAUUUUGAAAAGUCCGAUCACAGCAAUGCGAAGGAUUCUGCUGUACCUGCAGGAAGCGCUACCAGUCAGGCUGAAAGGCCUGCACUACGUGACGAUGCCAGCGAUUUCCGACCUGUUGGUACCGCUAGUUAAGCCGUUUAUGAAGAAAGAACUUGCGAACUUGCUGCACUUCCAUAGCUCCUACGAAACGUUAGGUCAGCACGUGCCCCUGGAAUUCCUUCCAGAGGAUGCGGAAGGGAAAGCUCCACCCAGCACUGAGCUGCACGCGAAGAUGCAGGAGUCGUUCGUUGAAUCUGCGGAUUUCUUUGUCGAACAGGAAACGUUCGUUUCGAAUGAAGGACUGCGCGACCGUCGCCAGUCGUAUAUGGAUGUAGACUUGGGAAUCGGCACGAACGGAUCGUUUAAGAAGCUCGAACUUGAUUAAACCCAGGGAGCACUGUAGUUGAACCAACAAUCCAUCCUCAGCACUCCAAACUGUUGAAGUUUUUUUGAAAAUAAUUGCACCAUAAUCACAGAAAAGCAGAAGUAAUAUAUUGCCUCUCUUCUAAUACAUUAUAAGGAAGUCGCAAUGUGAGAAAUACACCUUCUCACUUUUCUGUGAUCCUAAUAGAAAUUUUUGCACCAAACUUGAUACUAAAAAAACAUAUUUCUUAGAAGGCGACUGUCAAUAAACUGU